AUGAUUCGUCAAAACCUAUUAGUUUCGGCAAUGUCGACUCGGAGAUGUAUUGCUACCAGCUGGAGAUUACGUCAUGUCAAGUUUCACAACAAUGCACAGAGUCAAUCCAAUCUGGAGCAGAACACCGCAACAAAGAUACCCUAUCCUCUAGUAGGAGUAGGAAGAGUUCCUCUUGGUUCUCAGAAUAUGAAGCAGCUGGAGUCAGGCGACAUUGAUUCGAUGCAAUUAAAGAUCAGAGAGAAUGUGAAUGCCACAGGAUUGUUCCUUCAUACAGACACCUUCACAUGCGAGAAAAUACUCGCGAAUGAUCCCACUCAUCACGAAGCUAAAAAUAUCACAAUCAAAGGCUUACUAGCGAAAUCUGAUGUGGGAUUUCAGAAUCUGGAAAUGGCACAUCAAAAUCUGGAAAUCAAAUAUCAAAAUCUGGAAAUAGCAUAUCAAAAUCUGGAAAUCAGAAUUCGAAAGUUGGAAAAGCAGAGCAAGCGAAGACAUGCUGGAGAGGUAGUUUAUGUGAGAGACCAAUUGGCUCGAUCAGUCCUCUCCCACGAGGAAAAUAAACAACGCAAACAGCAGGUACAUGAUCCAAAAGAUAUAAAGGCUAUAAAGAAGAUUCGGGAUUGGCUUGCAAACGAAACUGAUCUGGAUACAACAUUCGAACAAAUGACUGUUCACCCUGAUCAAUUUGGGAUCUGCUCAAUCACAAUCUUUGGAGAAACACGGGAUAACAUCAAAGAAUUGCUUAUAUGGGAUGCGAAUGGAGAGUGUGAGGUUUACAACAUCUUCAAUGAGCGUGGUGAAGCUUGGCACAAUCAAUUUGCCAAUGCCUGUAUAGAGCCUUUCAAUAAAUGGUUGUCAGCAAUAUACGCACUCAAAGAAACCGAAUCUGCCAUGUUGGAGAACCUAUCUUCCAAUUUCGACACUCGCAUUCAGAAACAAAAGGAUGGGAUCAAGAAAGCAAUUAGAGAAUGGGAUGAAACCUUUAUGAUGGAUAGUUCAGAGAGAGGAAAAAGAAGAGAAACAUGCCGCGAGCUAAUCAGGAAGGAUUACAGAGACAGAGGAGUGAUGGACCAUGUGAGAGCAACGUUAUUACAUGUUGUGAUUUUAUUUAAAGAAAUUAAGGAGAGUAAGAAGAAUAAGGAGAAUAAAAAGAAUAAGGAGAGUAAGAACAAUGAGGAGAGCAAGGAUAAUGAGGAGAGCAAGAACAAUGAGGAGAGCAAGGAUAAUGAGGAGAGCAAGAACAAUGAGGAGAGCAAGGAUAAUGAGGAGAGUAAGAACAUUAAGGGGAGCAAGGAUAAUGAGGAGAGUAAGAACAUUAAGGGGAGCAAGGAUAAUAAGAAGAGCAAGGACAUUGAGAAGAACAAGAAUAAUAAGGAGAGCAAGGAUAAUAAGAAGAGCAAGGACAAUGAGAAGAACAAGAAUAAUGAAGAGGGCAAGGAUAAUGAGGAGAGUAAGGACAAUGAGGAGAGCAAGGACAAUGAGGAGAGCAAGGACAAUGAGGAGAGCAAGGACAAUGAGGAGAGCAAGGAUAAGAGGACUAAGAAAGAAGAGAGGUGA